GGCACUUGUUCGAAAAAUGAUAAGAGCUGCUUCCGAAAACGAGGCACGGUCGUAUUGCGUAUAUCCUUAUAAAAUAGUAACUUUGUAGACUGUAGUCUCAACUUUAAAGAAUAAACAUGAAGAAAUAAUCCGAACUCCGAGGAUACGAUAAGAAAAUAAAAUAUAGAACUUUAAUAAAAGUCGUUAAAAAAAUGAAUAAUUAAUAAUAUUUUAUGCUAUGCUAUGGUAAUUAUAUGUACAAAUACAUUAUAUUUAUUAGAAAUUAAAUAAUUGUAUGAUUUAUAUACCUACAUAUUUUUCAAUAAUUAUUUGUAUUAAUAUAUAUAUAUAUAUAUAUAUAUAUAUAUAUAUAUAUAUAUGCUUUCAAUAUUACUUACAAUACAAAAUACAAAUGUUUAUUGUUUAUGUAAAUAAGAAAGUAUGUAUAGGUAAUAGGUUAUACUUAAAUAUAAGCAAUUGGUAAAUUGGUUCUCUAUUUCUAAUUCUAUACUAUUAUAUUUUUGAAUUCAAUAUUAAACAAAUUGUUAAUGCAUUAUAAUUGGUGUAUGUAAGAAUCCAUGAAAAAAAUCAAAAUUAAUUAAAUCAAUAGUCUUUACAAUAAAUUAUUUUGUAUUUAUAAGGACACUAUAUCUGCAUUUACUACCUUAGUCUGACUAAAGUGUAAUUUACACUACUUGGAACAUAAAUUAUGGUACUUGGUUAAAAUUACAGCUUAAACACAAACAACAAAAUUUAAAGAUGAUUGUAUGUAGGUUUUUUCUCAAAAGUUGUAUUAAAAAUGACAACUGUUAAAAAAACAACAAAAACUAACAUGGUUAUAACAUUUUAUAAGACAAUUGUGUAGGAAAGACUACAUACAAUCCUCAAAAAUAUUCUCCUCUUUCAAUAUCAUUAUUUGUGUUUAUACUCAAACUUCAACCAAAAUGCCACUCUAUUAAUGUUCUUACAUAAUAAUUAUUUAUGUGCAUUAUAUUUUUGUUAUGUUGCCUGUUAGUUUGACUAAGACAGUAAAUGAAGGUAUAGACAAUCAACCUGAGUGUGUAUUGUAAUGGUUUACCAGGUGCUCGGUAUUCUUAACUUAUUUGUAUUUAUUUUUACAGAUUGAACAUUAUAAAUUAAUAUUUAUUAUAUGGCUUUACUAAUAUUUAAAAUUGAUUUGUAAAUCAUUGUAUCUAAAAUGAGUAAUAAUCAAUUAGAUAAAAGUAUUAAAGCAGUUAAAAUGGCUAAUGGUUUAAAGGAUCCAACUGAACCAUUUUCUUCAUAUAUGAAUUAUAGUAAAAAUAAUCUGGAUAUAACUAUGCAUUUUAAAAAAGCACCUGCUUUGACUUCUUUGGUAAAAAAAGACAUUUUCUCAUUAUUUAAAGACAAUAUGAUGGAAACCUAUAAGAAAUGCCCUUGGGAAUGGAAUGAAAAAGAGAAACGUGCAGAGUUAUUUCAUAAAGAUGCCAGGUAAAAUUAAUUAACUAAUAUCUAUAAAAAUAAAAUAAACAUUAAUUUCUAUUAGUGUAAUCAUUACUGACAAGUAUUUGAACUAAAACAAAUUUAUAAUUAUAAUAUUAUAUUUUAGGUAUAUUCUAGUUUGUAAUUCAACCAAUAAAUCACUAGUAGCUUUUGUACAUUUUCGAUUUGAUAUUGAAGACUUGAUAGAAGUUUUGUAUUUAUAUGAAAUUCAACUUGAAAAAAAGGUGCGUGGUAAAGGUCUUGGACGAUAUCUCAUGAGUUUAAUGGAAAAUAUAGCAUUUCACUACAACAUGAAACGGAUAGCUUUAACAGUACUUAAGAGUGAAAUUAAUGUUAUUAAUUUUUAUUUUUCUCUUCAAUAUGAAAUUGAAUCAUAUUCACCAGAAGAUGCUUUUUAUUACAUACUUAGUAAAAAGAGUAAAACUUUAGAACUUGUCAACAAUUAAUAAGUAAAAGUUUGAUAUAGGAUUCUUUAAAUGUAUAAUAAAACACUAAUAAUAAUUUAUUAUAAGAAUUUAAUACUUCGGUAACAUAGUAUUUAAAUCAUUAUUGCUACAGCAAUUUAUAAUCAUAAUUUUGCAAAAAUGUCACAUACAAUAAAUUUGUGAAGUAAAAUUAUAAUUAUAAUACAUUUUUAUAUAUAUAUUAAUACAGACAAUUAAGAAAUCACAACAAAAAUAUUAGGAACUUAUAUCUAUAAACAACCUAUAACAAAUACUGAAAUGUAAAAAUGUUUAAAACAAACUGUAAUGUGUUUUUAUAUACAUUCCUCAUAACUACAAUUUAAAUAAGUUAUACAUUUUUUACAUUUGAAUUUGUAAUUUUUAUAAGGAACAAAUUAAAUAAUAAAAAUACAAAUUUUUGAAAAAUAAAGUUCAAUGUCAUUUUUAAAAAAAUAUAAAAAUAAUAAGUUUGUCUAAGUAGUAGGAUACACAGGUUUGGACAUUUUUUAUAACAAAUUAAAACUUAAAUAAUGUAUUUAAACUUUAUGGAAAUUAAAUGCUAUAAUAUAAUAUUUGAAUGUGAUAUUAAAUUACUCUGAAGUUACAAAAGUAGGUUAAAUAAAAUUAAUUGAAAAAACUACAUAUUUUUAUUAUUUAUUGUUCAUCAUGUAUAACCCACAGUAAAAUUAUGUUUGAUAUAUUUUUAACUGUUACGGUAUUUAAAAUAUUAAGCUAUUAUUAAUUAUUAAAUUAAAAAAUAUUAUUUUUCACUUAUUUUAAGAUUAAUUCUAAAUGUUAACUAAUUUAUAUAUAAUAAAAUACCAAAAAAAAAAGGUACUAAAUACAUAAAAUAGUGUACUUAUAUUUAAUAAUAAACUAAUAUUUAAAUAUAUAUUAUUACCUAUAUAUAUAUAUAUUAAAAUGUUAACAUAAAUAAAACAAUAAUUAAGUUUGGAAUAUUAUCAGUUUAAUUGUUGUAUGCUAAAUGUGUGAUAGGCAACAAUUUAAUGUGUAAAUAUCUUGUUAAAGAUUUAAAAUAGUUCCCACAUUUAUAAUUUAGUAUGUUUAACAUUUUCUGUCCAGUAGUUUUGGAUUGUCAUGGCUUCUAAACUGUUUAAAAAUGAAUCAUUAUCCAAACUGUACAUUUCAUCAGAAUUUUCCUGGAAUAUUAAGUAAGUUUUGUAUUAUUCUUGUUGACUAAAAAUUUAAUUAUGUAUAAUUAUUAUUUAUUAAUAAUCAUUAUUGUUUUCAUAAUUAUGGCCUUGAAAAAAAAGAUAAAAAUGUAAUGAAGACUGUAAUUAACUAAUAGCUUGUGUAUCAAUACAAUUUUAUUCUAAUAAUUAAUUUAAUUAUUUUUUGGUAAUUUUUUUGGAAAAAAAAAGAAUCACAAAUAUU